UGAAAAGGCUCUGGCGACGCUAGCGUCGGAAGCUUGGCGCAAGGUUUCGACGCUAGCCUCAGCAUCACACGUUCGUGGAGCCACAGACGGGAGUGAACGAGCGCUAUUAAAGGGCCUCACUAUGAGCCAACUGCCCCUCACUCAUUCCCUUUCGCCUUCCACAUUCCCAGCUUUCUCUCCGAUCUCAUCAGGUGUUGCUUUUACUUCUCUUUGGACCGUCUCUCAAGGCUGCUUACAGCCCGCAGGACCCUCCCGUUUAUCGUCCAGCAAUCCGCGGACGCUUUUCAUCAAAUCCCCCUUCUUUUAAUUUCGUGUACGCCAUCUUGUCUCUUUCGCACAAUGCGUUUUGCUCACAUCAUCCUGGCCAUCGCCGCCCCGCUUGCGAUCCUCGCCGCACCCGUGCUAGAAAGAGAUCCGACCCCGACAACCGCUUCCGUCUCUGAACUAUCGUCUUUCAUCGCGCCAGCCAAAUUUGCUCGAGACUCGUACUGCCCAUCCGUCAAAGCCGGCUCCAAGGUGGGCGACGACGGACAAGUGUUGUGGGCUACGGGAGACGGCAGAAAGACGCAAAGAGUCUACGUGGCUUAUUCCAAAUCGCAAGGAAUCGUAGUCGCUCAUCAAGGCACCAACACAUCCAGCUUGUCCUCCUUGCUCAACGACGCCAACUUUAUCAGGGACGAUCUGGAUAGCCGCUUGAGCUUCCUUGGCGCGGAUGCGAGCGUCGUGGGGGGAUUCCAAGACGCUUGGCUCGACACGGCGGAUCAGGUGCUCUCGCAGGUCAAAUCUGCCCUCUCCAAAUACCCAGGCUCUCAAAUCUCCAUCUUUGGUCACAGUCUCGGCGCGUCCAUCGGACUUUUGGACGCAGCUUUCAUCAAGCACAAUCUACCAUCUUCCAACGUCAAGGUGAUCCUCUUUGGUCUGCCCCGUAGCGGCAACGACGAAUUCGCCAGCGCCAUCGAUAAUCUCCUACCGGGACAAAAACACGUCACUCAUUAUAGAGAUCCUAUUCCUCACUUGCCAGGAGAGACGCUGGGCUACCAAGCGCCUUCCGGAGAAGUGUGGCUGAAUGAGGCAGCUACAACGGCAGUGGAUUGCCCUGGACAAGAGAACGACGCUUGCUCCAACUCGGUACACUUUUAUCAGUACGAUGAAGACGAUCAUGAUGGCCCUUAUUACGGCAACAUCGUCAUGAAGUGCGACUCGUAGAUUGUGAUAGCUAGGCUUAGUAGCUGCUUUCCCACCCUCCUUCACUUCGCUCAUUGGUACCUUGACCUUCGAAGUCGAUUGAGCGCAUCGAUCUUAUACCCGCUCCUCUCUGCCUCAGAGUGACGCGCAAAACUAUUCGUCGAUACCUUCUUUGUAUUGCAUUGCCUGACUUCCGAAUCGUAUACCUCGAGCUCGA